AUGGAUCGCCUUGGAGACAAGUUCGAUCAAGCGAUGGAGAAGUUGCCUCAAAAAGUGAACGCUGCGACUGUCGCGGGAGCGCGAGACGCCGACGCGGCCAGGCUGACGAUUGCACCAUGGGCGAUGCAGUCUGCAACCAUGCUGACUGGUGGAGCCAUCGAUGUUUACCGCGCGGCAUCCACAGGCCAGUACCAAACCCUCGUCGACCUCUUGGCACACAAUGACGGAGUUUCGCUGGAAUACCUGGACCCACAUGACCGUACACCUUUGCUGAUUGCAUGCACGAAAGGACACCUCGACUGCGCGCAGUUUCUGCUGGCGCGCGGCGCGAAUGCCGCUGCCAUGGACAAAGAUGGAAACUCAGCCUUGCACGUGGCUUGCUUGCAUGGUCGAGUUGGCGUUGUCGAGAUGCUGCUGCAGACGUCGUCACCGAUGAUCUCGCCCUAUAUGUUGAAUAAAACCGGCCAGUCGGCACUGCGGUUGAGCCGCAUGGUUGUCCAAGCGAAAACGGACGGGUGGCGUCAAGUUGUUCAGUGCAUCGAAGCACUGGAGCAGCGCCUCAAAGUGUUUGAGGGAUGGAUUUACCACCGAUCGCAGUCCAUGUUUGCGUGGCAGUCGUGGGAGGCUCGAUAUGGCUUGGUCUUGCGAACGGGGUCCACGAUGUUUUUGGAAAUGCAUCUCUUCGACGUUCAACACGGUCGCCGGACUCCGAUCCCCACGCUUGUCUUUGACAUCCAAGUCGACAAGCCCGUCACGUUGUAUCGAGACGGCGACGGCCUGAAUCGAAAGCCCUUGGCCAUUGGAUUGGAGUCACAGGUCCUGGCUGCUUUGGACGAGUCUGGGUUUGAAGCAUGGGGCGCGUUCUUCACGUCAUUUAUGACCUCAGCUGUGUACGAUGGCGCGCGACCACCAGCAUCUGCCGCCUCCUCGGCCACGAAUGACCGCACCCCGCCACCUUCCGUGAAGGACAUGUCCCAGCCACUGGAUGAGGUUCAUGCUGUGUCAGCUUCGCCGCCCUUUGUUCAAGCGUCAGCACCAGCAUGGGAAGCCUUCAAUUCGGUUGCUAUGCCACCAACGGAAGUCGCUCACGCUUUGGCAGCGAUGCCGCCAUCUAAUCUCAAGCAAACAUCGGUCAAGUCGGUUGAUGUGGACGAACUGUCGAGCUUGGUGACGGACGCUAAUCACGCCACCCCCGCUCCGCCAUCGGCACCACGCAUGGUCGACCACGGAGACAGCAUCCUGAUGCACGAUGCCACCGAGAUGGGCGGCCACGGAGGCGAGUUUACCAGACGCAAUGAAGCAUGCGUUGUGUGCAUGGUUCGCUUGAAGCAAACGGUGUGUGUGCCGUGCGGCCAUGUCGCCGCGUGCGUCAUGUGUGCGGAAACCAUACACAGGACAUCGCAAACCUGUCCCGUCUGCCACACUCCCGUCAAAGAACUCGUUAAGCUCUGGCUCGCUUAG